AUGGAGAUCCUCGCCAUCCUCAAAUCCCGCAAAAGCAAUUUGCUUCCUCGCCUCACCCAAUCUUUCUCCCGAUCAGUACACAUAGCGACAGCCACUCUGUCCCUCUUCACCGAGCACGAUACCAACCAAACCCCAGCCUUCGACUCCGCUCCCACUACCAUAACCCCUCAAAAUCACCAGCUUCGCUCCCGCGACAGCGCCCCUCUCUCCUCCACCGCCCUCCUCGGCGCAAUCCUCGGAUCGAUCUGCGGCGUCAUCUUCCUCGUCAUCUGCUGCUUCUUUUACAUCCGAUUCCGCGCCUGGAGUGAUGCUACGAUGACGGCUAGUAGUAGGCAAAAGCGAUCGAGAAGGGCUCACUAUUACCACGAUUCAUUCUCGUCGAGCAGCACGAGUGAUAGUUCGACGAGUGCGAACUCUAGGCCGAUACCGAGGGAUGUUGAGAUGGGAGAGGCGGGGUGGCCUGGAGCUGGAGUAGCAGGAGGUGCUCAGAGAGGGUAUGGCUAUGGGCAGAGGAAUAUGUAUGGGCAGGCUCAGACACAAGCGCAGAGUGGGUAUGGGGUUGGCUUCGAAGGAGGAGCGACAGGAGGGAAUGUAGGCUUCGGAAAUGUUGCGACGGGGUACGGACCGGGUGUGGCGCAGGCGCCGAGGGUGCCGCCUGUUGCAACGACGAAGUGGUCUCCUCAUGUGUUCAGGCAGGGGAACAUGUGAGAAGAAGGGGGAAAAAACGCCAAGGCUGGAUUGGGAUUUCCUCGAUGGACGCGGAUGGUUCAGAUCAAACGCCAUGUUUUUGUCCUUGCUGGGCAGACCGGCAGCUCACACGUCGUUAACGUUUGAAGAUAUCGAUCUACAUACCAAAAGUGGAUGCUUUUGUUGCUUCUGCGUCUUCAAGUUUUCGCACGUGCGCUCUUGUACUUCAUGACCCGACUGCACGAGAAAAGGGGCCAUUGUGGAAUUUUUGCUAUUCCCGAGUUCUCGUCACUUUCCUUCUGCUCAGUAGCAGGCCAUUAAUUAUGCGCUGUAGCCUUCUACACGCGAUCCACCAACUUGCAUUUAUCGUUCCG